ACACACACACACACACCAUCAUCACUCCUCCUCCUCCUCCUCUUCUACCCAGCCCCUCCCUUUCCGUCUCUACUCGCCUCUAUCCUCUUCAGCCUUGCCUGCCUGUCAGAAAGGUACUCCAGUAUUGGAGGCUAGGCUACCCUCCUCCCGGACCCCGUACGAGAGCCAGCCACCGUCGUACCCCAAGGCUCGGGCUCCCCACUCUCGCCACCGACCAUGGCAACCACCGGUACUUCCACCAGGUUCACCGACGAGUACCAGCUGUACGAGGAGCUCGGGAAGGGAGCUUUUUCAGUGGUGCGUAGGUGUGUAAAGAAGUCAUCAGGACAGGAAUAUGCUGCAAAAAUCAUCAACACUAAGAAGCUGUCUGCAAGAGACCAUCAGAAGCUGGAGAGAGAGGCUCGUAUCUGCCGUCUCCUGAAGCACCCCAACAUCGUGAGACUCCAUGACAGCAUUUCAGAGGAAGGCUUUCAUUACCUAGUCUUUGACCUGGUGACAGGAGGAGAGCUGUUUGAAGACAUUGUAGCCAGGGAGUACUACAGUGAGGCUGAUGCCAGUCAUUGCAUUAGUCAGAUCUUGGAGAGUGUCAAUCAUAUCCACCAGCAUGAUAUUGUGCACAGAGACCUCAAGCCUGAGAACCUGUUGUUGGCCAGUAAGAUGAAGGGAGCUGCAGUGAAGCUGGCAGACUUUGGCCUUGCUAUUGAGGUGCAGGGAGACCAGCAGGCUUGGUUUGGGUUUGCGGGCACCCCAGGCUAUCUCUCCCCUGAAGUCCUAAGGAAGGACCCCUACGGCAAGCCUGUGGACAUAUGGGCUUGUGGUGUUAUUCUCUAUAUCUUGUUAGUGGGGUAUCCUCCAUUCUGGGAUGAAGAUCAACACAAACUCUAUCAGCAGAUUAAAGCCGGAGCAUACGAUUUCCCGUCCCCAGAGUGGGACACAGUGACUCCAGAGGCAAAGAACCUGAUCAACCAGAUGUUGACCAUUAACCCAGCCAAGAGAAUCACUGCCGAACAGGCCCUCAAACACCCAUGGGUCUGCCACCGUUCUACAGUGGCCUCCAUGAUGCACAGACAGGAAACUGUCGAGUGUCUCCGCAAGUUCAAUGCUCGCCGAAAACUCAAGGGAGCCAUUCUCACCACCAUGCUGGUGUCCAGAAACUUCUCAGUGGGCCGGCAGCAUACCAACUCUGCUGCUGCCGCCUCCUCCACGGCCUCACUGGCUCAGGAAGCAUGCAAAAGUUUACUCAACAAGAAGUCAGAUUCUGCUAAGCCUUCUACCAACAACAGUAAGAACAGUAUAGUGAGCGCCAUCAAUGCCCUGAAAGACACCAACAUGGCAACCAACGCCCAGAUGGAAUCUCAGAGCACAGUGGUGCACAACCCUCCAGAUGGAGUCAAGGGAUCAACAGAGAGCAACGCCACCAACGACGAGGAGGAAAUGAAAGGUAGGAAAGCGGACAGUUCGGUGCUGAGUCAGAGCAGCGCCACAGAGGAGAUGCCCCCACUUCUGCCCUCACCUCAAAGUUCACCUGCCAUUCCACCGCAUGACGUAAAGCGCAUGGCAUGGAACAGCACAGGCAACAGCUCCUGCCCUGACUCUGAGCUCUCACAGUCCUCCAUGCCUGCCGCUCCACUAGGGAGCAACACUGUCGCUGCUAUAAACAACACUAAGCAGACUCGUAAACAGGAGAUCAUCAAGAUAACAGAGCAGCUGAUUGAAGCGAUCAACAAUGGAGAUUUCGAGGCCUACACGAGGAUUUGCGAUCCCGGACUCACCUCUUUUGAACCCGAGGCCCUGGGGAACCUGGUGGAGGGCAUGGACUUUCACAAGUUCUACUUUGAAAACUUGCUGAGCAAGAACAGCAAGCCCGUGCACACCACCCUGCUCAACCCACACGUGCACCUGAUCGGCGAGGACGCCGCGUGCGUCGCCUACAUUCGGCUCACACAGUUUGUGGACACCACGGGCCGCCCUCGUUCCAGCCAAUCGGAGGAGACCAGGGUGUGGCAUCGUCGCGAUGGCAAGUGGCUCAAUGUUCACUUCCACUGCUCAGGAGCGCCUGCUGCACCACUACAGUGAUCAGUGGUCCUGAGCCUCCAGUCUACUGGAGUGUGUGUUUUGGGGGGCAGUUUAUUUCAGCGAGCGUGUUUCGGAGGCACGUCCUCUGCGUGGAUUGGCUAGUGCCAGGAGCCCGGCCGGGCGAGAUCGCAUCCCUCUCCACGAUACCAACCAAUCCUGUCCCCCCUUUGACCUGCUGGGGGCCGGCUGAACACAAGACACCGCCCCCAUGGGAUGAUGCAUGCAUCUGGCGCCUGAUUGGAGGGCGCGUCUUUGCCCUCUAUCCCUCCCCUGGCAGCCAUCUUUUUUCUGCCCGCGCGAGAUGAGACGUCCUGCGUGAGGAGAGGAUUUACAGUUGAACUUGUGACAGUUUAUGAGUAUGAGUUAUGAAUAUGCUGUGUAAAUUAUGACUAGAUGUACCAGAAACCACCAAAACCCAACCAAGCAUUUAUAUUCACUAUCUAAAUAAGGGAGGAACAGAAGGGAGUGUGAGGUUAAAGCAGCUGAGAUUUUGGACACUUCUUUUUUUUUUUUUUUUUCCUUUUUUUUUUUUUGUUGGUAUUCUAGGGAUUAAACCGGGUUGAAAGUGUUGUGCUCGUUACCCGGGGCGUUGGUGUGAAGACGUAGGGAGGUAUUCCCACCCCACAACUGAAUUCUCGAGGGGGGAAAAAAAAAGUCAAGUGGGCUCAGUCAGAGAACUUGAUGACGAGAGAAACUUGAUAUCAAAAACAUGAAGCACCAAAGUGUAGAACUUUAGGCUUUUUAUGUGUUUAUGUGUUUUCGUUUGUGUGCUUGUUUUUUGUUUGUUUUUCUUUUUCUGUUUUUGUUUUUGUUUUUGUUUUUUCUUCGACCGAGCAGAAAAAUCGUGUCAUCGUGGGAUUUGGGCGGGGUGGGCGUCUGAUUUGAGGUUAAAUGUUUUUGUUGUGUUUUGAGCGUCCUGUUCCCUUCCUGUGAAUAACCGGAGCCUCUUUUUUAUUUUAUUUUAUUUUAUUUUUAUUUUUUUUUUGUCUUUUAUUAUUAUUAUUAUUAUUAUUAUUAUUAUUAUUAUUAUUAUUAUUAUUAUUAUUAUUAUAUAUUUUUGUCUGACUGAUCCUAUAAUCAAGGCUCCUUUUUAAAGCAGCUGAGUUUUUAAAAAAAGAGGGAUUUUAUUGUGCAAGUUUAAAGCUAACCUGCGCGUGUUAACACGUUCUGUUGUGUCUGUAUGCAGUGGAGGGAGACGGCGGUCCGGGGAAGGCGUCUGCGUUUUGCAUGUUUGCCCGCCGCCUCUCCCUCGUUCACCCCCCAUCCCCGACCCCUCCCCCCUUUUUUCUCUCUUCUUAAACCAUUCCCUCUUACCCCCCUUUUUCUCUGCUUUCUGCAAGGGCCUGGUUUGUUUAUAAUCACUGUGUAAAUACAGUGUAUGUAUAGAUAUAUGUAGAAAAGUGUAAUAUAUGUACAUGUAUCUAAGAGACACUCAUCCUGUGCAUCUGGGCAUGAAACCUCUGUGACCCCGUUCUAGUUUAGAAAAGCAACAUUUUUCCUCAACGAUUUGCUUCAAUUCUCCUUAAAAUACUUCCUUAAAGAUAUUGGUAGCUCUUGACGAUUCACGAUGAUCACACACACACACACACACACACACGCUCGAGUCCCGUGGCCAUAAGACUGUUUUUAAAGACGGGGGAAUUAAAAAAAAAUAACAGGUUGAAAAUAAUUAAACCCUUCUGCCCAACGAGACUUUUUAAAACAACCUCCAUCAUAGUGUCCUUAACUCCUGAUCCCACAAUGCUGUGAGCCAUCUCUUCAUAUCAUAUGCACUCACACACACACACACACACACACGCCUGGUGGUGUGUUUCAGCUUUGUAACAUAUCUGCACCACUGCUGUGUGACCACGGUGCCACCCUUGCUGUGCUGCUUAAUUGUCUCCAUCCAUCCGCGACAGUCGAAUCUUUAAAAAAAAAAAAAAACCCACCCGAUAUCCCCUCCCCUCUUCCUCCUCCUCCCCCUCCUCCACCCACCCACCCCAAACCUCCACCCUCCCUCCUCCCGUGUACCUGCUCUCGAGAUGUUUAUUUGUACCUCUCUCUGUUGUUUCUCUGUUCCCGUGUGUUACUGGUUUGAGUUUUUUUGUCGUCGUCGCCGUUGCUGUUAAACUUGUCGUUUUGGUAAAUUUUGCCGAUCUGCCAAGCUGGAGUUCUGCACUCUCCCUCGCACAGAGAAGACGAAGAAGAAGAGGAAGAAGAAGAUAAAAAAGGGAAACAGAGGGAGGAAGACAACACAAAUUUUUACAGAUUGAGCGAUCUCAGAUUGAUAGGGACUAAAUUAUUUAUUAAUGUAAUCUACCCUUGGUGGUUUUAAAAAUCGUGCCUGCUCAGUCGAGAGGAGUUUUUUGAAAAAAGCCAGAGAGAGAGAGAGCGAGAGAGAACGAGUCGGUGUGGGUGUGCAGGUUUUCUGUGACCUGCACUGUUGAACCAGAGCGGGAGACCUAGUUAUAUGCAUGUUUCAGUUACGCAUUUCUACCAUGUACCUACCUGAAUAAGGAUGGAGCUAGUGUUAAUAUAUGAUAUUUGCAUCUUUUGAAAUAAGAAUUUUCCUCCAUCCAGAAUGUUGAAUAGGUGACAUGAAAAAUACAAAAAAAUGCAAAAUUUUUAAAAAAAGGAUUCAGGAGCCGUAGCUUGGUAUGAGGCCCUCGAUGUUAGCGUUUUCCCUGCGUUGUAAUGAUAUACUAUUGGGCUGCGCUUUCUCCCCCAGCCUUCACAUGGAUGCUGGAGUUUUUUUGCAUGAUCAUGAUGUACAAUGAAAUACAACCAUGAAUUGACGACUAUCAAGUGUUUGUCUGAGUGUUAGUUGGUCUUCAUCAUAGCUUUGUUAUUCUUCGAAACUUGGAUCUUGAAAGUAUUUAAUAAAAAUACUAUUUCAGCACUG